GAAUAUCGGCAGAAGAGCUCAUUUCUUUCUAAUAUCAACAACGAAGUGUUUAUCAACCAAUCCUAUAUUACCAACCUUAAUAAACUAGAAAAAUUUGUAAUGGUCAAGUUCUUGAAUGACUCAAUAGUUCAGCCUAAAGAGUCACAGUGGUUUGGCUUUUACGCACCUGGUCAAGAUAAAAGCAUCCGCCCACUAAUACAAAGCGGAGUUUACGAAGAUCUCGGGCUUAAACAAAUGGAUGAAAACGGCAAGUUGUUGUACCUAUCUGUAGAGGGUGAUCAUUUGCAAAUGACUAGCAAAUGGUUUAUCGAAAAUAUUAUACCACUUCUUACAAAAAACUAAAUAAAAGAUGUCUACAUCUCAACAUACUCAGCGGAUUCGAAUUUUCUCAAAAAGGUGUGUGAUAAAUAAGAACAAAGAACUAUGAUUAUUUUUAAUUGCCUAACAUGUAACUAAUAAUAUACUAAUAAAUCAUUUUGACGAGCAAAA